AUGUCUGGAUUCAAGCCCACCCGCAAGCAGUUCAUUAUUAUCCAAGGAAAACCGAAAGCGACAUACUACGAGAGAAUUGACCACUCAUCGCGUGGAGAAAAAAAAGCUUGUCUCAUGUACCGCUUGAAUGUGGCUGGACAGGCUGCGAGAGGCCCCGCCCAUUCACAAGCAAAGCGACUCUGUUGCGACACAUCAAGACUCAACAUGUUGAUCCGGGCUCGUUUAAAUGUCCGAAUCGGGAGUGUGACAGGACGUUUAAUCGGAAAGAAAACAUGGAAGAACAUCUGCACCGCAUCCAUUAAAACACUGGCACUUCAAGUCUUUGAUUGA